AUGAGCUCCCUUCAAGAACUUUCCGGCACAGUUGGAAAGAACAGCAAGACUGGGGAAUCCCAAGGGGGCCGUACCAGGGACCGAAAUUUUUGGCUGUGGCCCUUGCCCCCACGAGGAUCCCUUCCUCCUUUGAAAGGGUUCUCUCGCUCUCUAUCUGUCAUUUCUGCUAUGGCGUCAUCUUCCGAUCUGGCAACGCCCUCAGAGUCCUUGUUGUCAAUCUUGGCCCUACAUAUGGUGGUGAUGGUGCUCGUGAAAGGGCUCAUCGUUGUCGGCCUCACAGAGACAUUACAAUCUGUAAUCCACUGUGAAGAAGACUCACGCACUGUCUGUUCACGUUUCAUAGGCGGCAAAAAGAGUACCCUGUGGGAUAUCUGCUCUGGGUCUGGUCUGUGGGAUUCCCUUGACCGUCUCGGGACAACAGCAAGUGGUCAACUGAAACAACCGCCGAAGCAGAAACUGCAACCAAGGGUUUCCACAACCGCUCUCCAAGAAACACUAUCAUCCUAUACUCCACAGCACGGGUCGGAGCGCACAAUACGGGAGAAAUGGGUAAUAAUCCCAGUCGCGGUCUCCAUCAUCGUUGCCACCAUUCUAGGCGUCCUCAUUUUUCUGCGUGCCAGCAAAUCAGCAAGGAAAGGCGAAUAUUCCGUCGGCCAAACGCGCCCUUGCAGACUUUACGCAACCCUGCUCAGCAAAUCCAUCAAGACGAACUGGGACCCUUGCGACAACUUCUACAGCUACGUCUGCGACGGGUGGGACCGCAAACAAAAGGAAUCCGUCUACUGGACCCACGUGAUGGAUUACAGUGGCCAGCUAAGUGACAGCCUCACUGACUCAACCGUUCCUUCCUUCAAUCAGAGUGCCGUCGAAAAAGCCAUCAAAAUCUACAUGUCGUGUCGAAGAGCAAGUGCCGGCGGUCCAGGUCAAAUAGACGAGUUUCGUAAGCUGUGGAGUGACUGUGAAAUUUAUUGGCCGAGACCUACAGAGAAUGCGAACAUAUUUAAGACUCUGAUUGCGCUUUACAACACUUUUCAGAAGGAGAACGUUCUAAAUUUCAUAAUUCCUCGCCCAGAAGACAGCUCUUAUUUGCACAUGUUUUUGGGCAACCAGCUGUCAGUUUUGUACAACAUGAGCGUCCGUAUCAAAGCUGCAGCCGGUUACCAAGAUUAUUACGAGAGUGUACAGAGAAUGCUGAUAACUGAUAGAACCAAGGAUAUCGAGUUACUACCGUACAAAGCUUCAUUCAAAAUGCUAUGGCGUCUAUGCGGUCUCUUUUCCGAUAAGACGCUGUUUGCGGGUCGGGUACGGGACGGAUCGAGGAAUUGGGACCAGCGCAGGACCCUUGUUACGGGAGCGCAUUAG